AUGAAAGCAGGGUGCGACCAAUUGCAAUUAAACGUAUGCCACAAUGGAUAUGAUACACAAGUUGGCGAACGUGGAUUAAAAUUGAGCGGUGGUGAGAAACAACGAAUAGCAAUAGCUAGAGCUUUGCUGAAAAAAGCUCCAAUUUUAAUUUACGAUGAAGCAACAUCAUCACUAGAUUCAAUCACUGAACAUACUAUUCUUCAACGAUUAACAGAAGUUACACCUGGUGUUACAUCACUUGUCAUUGCACAUCGAUUAAGUACCAUUAUUGAUGCUGAUGAAAUUUUAGUCUUACAAAAUGGUCAUGUAUCUGAACGUGGUACACAUUCUAGUCUAUUAGCACAAUCAGAUUCAUACUAUAGAAAACUUUGGGAUCAACAACGUCAUGGAAUUUUACCUACUACGAUUACUACUACUAAUACUACUAUAGGAGAUAAUAAUAAUAAUAAUAAAAUCAAUGAUAUUGAUCAAACAUUUAAUUCAGACAAUCAAGAGACAAACACUUCCUGA